GUGGCGAGGGCGGGGUCAACGCUGCCGUGCGAAUUCCUCCGACCUGGGAAGAUGCUGCUGGACUUGUCGGAGGAGCAUAAGGAGCACCUGGCCUUUCUGCCGCAAGUGGACAGCACGGUGGUCGCCGAGUUUGGGCGGAUUGCGGUGGAAUUCCUGAGGCGAGGCUCAAACCCCAAGAUCUACGAAGGCGCCGCCAGAAAACUCAACGUGAGCAGUGACACUGUCCAGCAUGGUGUGGAAGGACUAAUAUACCUCCUCACUGAAAGCUCAAAGCUUAUGAUUUCUGAACUGGAUUUCCAAGACUCAGUUUUUGUCCUGGGAUUCUCUGAAGAAUUGAACAAAUUAUUGCUUCAGCUUUAUCUAGACAACAGAAAAGAGAUCAGAACUAUUCUGAGUGAAUUGGCACCAGACCUUCCCAGUUACCACAGCCUUGAAUGGCGACUAGAUGUACAGCUUGCAAGCAGAAGCCUCAGGCAACAGAUAAAACCAUCAGUGACUAUAAAGCUCCACCUUAACCAGAACGGAGAUCAGGACACCAGAGUUCUGCAGACAGACCCAGCCACUCUGCUCCAUUUGGUUCAGCAGUUGGAACAAGCACUGGAGGAGAUGAAAACAAACCACUGUAGGAGAGUUGUGCGCAAUAUCAAGUAGUUCCAGCUUUAAGGACUCAUUCCCUUUGAGUUACUCGCCUGUUGAUAAUAUGCAACAGUUACUUUUUAAAUGUUUUAUUAUAGUGAUAAAUACAUAUAGUUCCCAUGAAAUUUCUUUUUCUAUGCCAAGAUAGUGAGGUCAUGAUCAAAAGCUAAAGGGUUGCCUGGGUGACUCAGUUAAGUGUCUGACUCUUGACUUGGACUCAAGUCAUGGUCUCAUAGUUCGUGGGAU